AUGGCUUUACCAAUCCUUCAGUUCCCAUUUCUGUCUCACGCUACCUCCCUCUCUAAGCCUCUCUCCUUCACUCUUAAACCAACAAAAACCCUUAGGCCAAUACAUAUAAAGCAGCAGGAGCAGCAAGAAAGGGCCAUUAGGUGCCAUGCAGUUACAGAUCUUUCAAGCAGUACUCUACCUUCAUCAGUUGAUGAUCAGAGUAAAGGAGAGGACGAUGAUGAUGGCUUAGUGCUUGUGGAUCCUUCUAGUGAGGAGGAAAGCGGAGGAAAUGUCCCAGAUGAUGCUCCUUUAGGGCUUACUGUGUUUGAUAAGCAGGUAGUGCUGUAUAAAGAUGGGCAAGGCGAACUUCGGUGUUUCCAAGAUAGAUGCCCCCACAGGAAGAUGAAGUCGACAAGAGUUGGUGGAGCACAUAAUAUACGUAACCUGGGGAUGAGAAGAAGUGGCUGA